AUGAAUUAAGAGGAUAAAGAAAAAAUAAUUGUUUGUGCAGUUAAUUCAGAUAUUCAAUUGGAUGGCAUUGAAUUAUCUAUAACUGAAUUUAUUUAUCAAGAUAAGGAUUCUGAUUAAUGGUCCUAAAAACAACUUCAUUUUUAAUAAUUUCAAUAUCCUGAAUAAUUAAGAAGAAGAAUAAUUUUAACAAUAUAAGAAUAUUCUAAAAAGUCACAUGAAAAGUUUAAUGACAAAUUAUAUAAUGAAUUAGAGAUAGAGUUUGGUGAAUUUAUUAAUACAAUAUUUGAAUAAGUAUAAUAAUAAAUUGAAAGUAAUUCUGUUACUUUAUUUGCUUUUAAUACAAUUCUAAUACAUUUAGUAGAAAAUGAUAUAUAAAAGCCUAAAUCAGCAGUAUUUUUAAGUAAAUUUUGUCAAUAAAUUGCUAAUAAAUAUAAUUAAAGAGUAAUUUGUAACUUCCUUGCAUAUGAUUUUUAUUUAAAAGGAAAUGGAGGACCUUUUCAAAUUAUUGGGUAAGCAAAAUUAUUUGAAUAAUAAUUAGAUUCCUUAUUGAAUUUAUCAGGUUUUGCAUCUUUUACUCAAUAUAAAAAUAAAGAUGAUAAAGAAACCUAUUCUGGAGAUUUUAUAUGUCCUGCUAUGUUUGCACUAAAUUAUGCAUCUAAUUGGAAUAAAGAUAUUUUAUUAUAAGGAUUUUAGGAUAAAACAAUUAAUGAAGAAUUUCUUAAAUAAUUACGAAAUUCAGAUAAAUUUAAAUAUACUACUCUAUCUUUGGGUAAAUUAAUGGAAUUAAUUGAUAAAUAAUAAUUAAAUCCAGUUGUUAAAGUUGCAACAUUAAAAUAAUAUAUCUAUUAAGAAAUUUAAUAAUAUUUAGAGAAAAAUAAAUAAUAAGGCAAGGUUUUUGUAGGUGGUAAUUUUUCUGAGGAAUUAUUUAAAUAUUUAUAAUAGGAAAUAAAAUAAUUAGAGCUUUUAAAAUCCUAAGAUUAUUAAUAGAUUGAUUCAAUUAUUAUUGGAUUUAUGGCUUUGAGAAAAAAUAAACAAUUAUUAAAUGUUUUUAAAGGAGCCACCAAAUCUACAAGUGAUCAUUGUAGUGGAAUUAUUUAUAUUAAAACUGAUAAGCCUAUAACAAUUACAAAGGAACCAGAAAUUAAAAAGCCACCUUAAGUGUCUAAGUAACAGUUGGAUCAUUCUGAAGAUUUUGAUAUUUUUAUACAAAAUUCUGAUGAGGUUUAGAAUAUAAAAGUAAAUUAAACAAAACCUCAAAAUAAGAAAUGA